GGUAGUUUUGAAUGUGUAUGUUGAUUUUGAGUGACCAUUGGUGCGACAUCUUGAGUGAUGCGCGCGAUCCACGAGCCAACGGGACUUUACGGAUUUACAAUCAGAAUUAUUGAAAGAAGACGAUUGGCGAAAUUUCGGCGCAAACAUUUGGCCCAAGCUUAUCCACUUAUUAACUUGUUAUUUUUUAUAAUUUACUAGACUUAAUGUACUUAAUUAAAUAAUAAACCUUAAAGAUGUCCGUAUUCUUUGUUAAUGCUUACUUUAUUUUGCAUCUGAUCAAAUGAAGAAGUGAAACUUGUAUUAUUCAUUAGAAUGUCUGAAUAUCAAGUUAUUAUAAAUCAAGACAGUGAAGUUGAAGGUGAUUCCAAUGGAGAUCUGCAAAUCACAUCACCAGGAAAUUCUGAAGCUCAACAAGCUUUAACAUCAUUUUGGCCAAAAGUAACAGAAGAAAUAAAAAAAAUCACCAAUGUUGACUUGAAAACACAAUCUUUGCCAUUAGCAAGGAUAAAAAAAAUAAUGAAAUUAGAUGGUGAUGUAAAAAUGAUUAGUGCAGAAGCUCCGUUAUUAUUUUCAAAAGCUGCAGAAAUUUUUAUUCAUGAGCUCACUUUGAGAGCUUGGAUACACACGGAAGAUAAUAAAAGGCGAACGCUCCAAAGAAAUGAUAUUGCAAUGGCUAUAUCAAAAUAUGACCAAUUUGAUUUCCUUAUAGAUAUAGUACCUAGAGAUGAAUUAAAACAAAGUAAAGCUCAAAGUGAAAAUGUUGUCCGUACGUCGAUGAAUUCAGAUCAAGUUCAUUAUUAUUUCCAAUUAGCACAACAACAAGCUUCUAAUCAAACUGUUCAAAACAAUGGAGCGACAGCACAACCAAUACAAAUAAUUCAACCUUCUACGGGUCAAAUACAAACAAUUAAUUUAGGAAGUCCUGUUGAUCAAAAUUCACCUAAUUCUUCUACUGCUCAAACUGUAACUGUUCAGAAUCCUCAACAAUCGGCAGGACAACAAGUGAUUCAACUACAGCAAACGCAAUCACCUUCAUCACAAAGUGGUGGAAUUCAAAUAGUACAACAAAUUGUCACAGCUAAUGGAGAUAUCCAACAAAUACCUAUUCAACUAACUCCUCAACAACUGCAGAUGAUAAGGAUGCAAGUGCAAGGUGGAAGUAAUCAACCGAUAAUAAUCCAAACGGCACCAAUCGCUGCUCAACCACAGCUCAUUCAAGUAACACCAAGCGGUCAAGCUCCUGUAUACCUACAAACUAACGGUACUGAAAACGAAUAACCUCUAUUUUUAAAGCAAUUAUCUAAUUAUCAAUUUUUAAAUCUUAAAAUAUAAUAAUAAAAACUAACAAAUAAAUAUAAACUUAA